AUGUUUGGAAUUCGAAGAUAUUUUCAAAGUGUUAAUGUUCAACGUUCCUUGGCUAGAACGUUCGCCACGGCUAAAACCGAGCUACCGUCUUAUAAAGUCGUGGUUAUUGGUGGAGGAACUGGUGGUUUGGCUGUAUCGUCGACACUUUCCGAAAUUCUCGGAAAACAUUCGGUAGCCAUUAUCGAACCUUCAAAUGUUCAUUACGUAUAUUGGGUUAAAAAUAAAGUUGAAAAGGUUGACCCAGAGACUAAUUCCGUCGUUUUACAAGAUGGAAGUAAGAUCAAAUAUGACUAUUUGGUGGUAGCCCCGGGAAUUCAAAUAAAUUGGGAUCAUAUUAAAGGUCUUCCUGAAGCUAUUGGUAAAAAUGGUGUUUCAAGUAAUUAUUCGGCAGAUACAGUCGAAAAGACAUGGGAUUUCAUUAAAGAAUUUAGAGGAGGAAAUGCAAUUUUUACUAUGCCUAGUACGCCAAUUAAGUGUCCUGGUGCAGCUAUUAAAAUAGCAUAUUUGGCUGAAGAUUAUUUUACAAAAAAUCGAAUUCGUUCUAGGUCCAAUGUUAUUUAUAAUUCAGCAAUGGGAAAAAUAUUUGCUAUUGAUAAGUACGCAGCUAGUUUAAAUCGAAUUGCCAAAGAACGUAAUAUUGAGGUCAAUCUUUUCACCAAUCUCGUUGAAGUUCGAGGAGAUAAAAAAGAAGCAGUUUUUAAAGAUGGUAAAACCAAUGAAGAAAAGGUUUUUAAUUAUGAAUUUUUACAUGUGGUUCCACCUAUGGGACCUCCACCAUUUAUAGCUGCUUCAAAGAUUGGUAAUGCAGCUGGUUGGGUAGAUGUUGAUCAAUAUACAAUGCAACAUUUAAAAUAUCCUAAUAUUUUUUCAUUGGGAGAUGCAUCAUCUGCUCCAACUUCAAAGACCGCAGCAGCAAUUUCACCUCAAUCAGGAGUUUUAAAGAAAAAUUUAUUAGAUUUGAUGGAGGGUAAAUUUGAUAAAGGGCAAGCGGCUAGAUAUGAUGGAUAUGCUAGUUGUCCAUUACUUGUUGGUCGUAAUAAAUUAGUUUUAGCAGAAUUUAGUGGAUAUACUACAAAACCAAUGGAAACUUUUCCUUUUGAUCAAGGAAAAGAACGAAGUACUAUGUAUUAUCUUACUAAAGAAGUUAUCCCAGAUAUUUAUUGGAAUCGUUUAUUGAAAGGUUCUUGGGUUGGUCCAGCUAAAGUUCGACAUUGGCUUUCAUACAUACCAUAA